CCACUCAAGAUAUUAGUUUGCAUUGUGAGCCUACAAACCAAUACCAUGGGGUUGUCUAAGAUUUCCUUUGCCUUCGUAUGUCUCAUAGGCUUAGCCCUGCUCCAAUCCACUGGUGCCCAAGACUCACCACAAGACUACCUCAAUGCCCACAACGCCGCUCGAGCCCAGGUAGGUGUUGCUCCCUUGACCUGGGACCCCAACCUAGUAGCCUAUGCCCAAAGAUAUGCAAACUCCCGUGCUGGUGAUUGCAAUCUAGUGCACUCUAAUGGGCCUUAUGGUGAAAACAUAGCGAAGAGCACCGGUGACUUGUCUGGCACAGCUGCCGUGAACUUGUUCGUAGGGGAGAAGCCCGACUAUGACUACAACUCUAACACCUGUGCUGCUGGGAAGAUGUGUGGUCAUUACACGCAGGUGGUUUGGCGCAACUCAGUUCGUUUAGGGUGUGCAAAAGCGCGAUGCACCAAUGGAGGCACGUUUAUUGGGUGCAACUAUGAUCCCCGGGGAAACAUUCGUGGGCAGAGGCCUUACUAAAUUAAUUAAGCUUUUUAACAAACCACUAUUGAGCUUUUAUUUUCUGUUCAAGAAUAAAAUGAAAGGAAUGAUUGUAUGGUUCACUAGCUAGAAGUUAGCAUGGUGCUCACUACGCUAGCUACUUUAAUAUUUGAAUAAAAUUUGGCAACUAGCUAUGCAUGCAUAUGCUAGCUGCUAGUUAGUCCUGCUAUUUGUGAAA